GUCAAAAAAUGAAUAACUGUGCCAUCAUCUUGCCAAACGAUGACAACAAAUGGCUCAGCUUCACCAACUACUGCAGGAAGGAGCGGAUCCCGUUUAUAAUUUACGCCGACUUGGAAUGCAUCCUGGAGAAGACACCGAGGGAAGAACAAACGAGUUCGUAUGCGUAUCAACAUCAUAGCGUAUUUAGUAUAGCAUAUUACGUUCGAUGUUCCUACGACGAGUCAUUAUCCGCGUAUCGAUGUCGUCGCGAUCGGGAUUGCAUCUCAUGGUUUGUCAAAGAACUUGAAGAACUGGCACAUCGUGUAAAGGAUAUUUUGUCCGCAAAUGUCCUCAUGGAAACUUUGUCGAAAGAAUAGUGGGAGACAUU